GUGUCAAAUGUUGUGAUUUUGUUGUCAUGUGCCCUAGGACAUUAUUUAGAUUAGUUCAGAUUAUGUGCUUUGUUUGUCCUGUGCCUAGGGUUGACAUUUUUAGAUUAGUUCUGAUGUUGUGCUUUGUUUGUCCUGUGCCCUAGGGUUUACAUUUGGUUAUUAGUUUUAUUAGUGUUUCAUUAGUGCUUUAUAUUAUUUGCAGUCUGGAUGAUGAGGUUUGGGAAUUGAGGAUGCAUUUCCAUGACAGAGACAACAUUGAGAGAUCUAUGAUGGUGUCAGACAUAACAUUUUACAACCUAGUAGCACUGAUAGAAACAGAAGGUUAUGGAUUUAAAGAUUACAUGUACUAUGUCAGGGAUCCUGGGCUAGGGAUAGAAGGAAUGGAAGAAAUAGAUGAUGAUGACAAGCUUGAGGAAAUUCUAGACAACAUAGCAUUGCAAAAUCAGAAGAUAUUGAAUGUGACAGUUGUUAGGGCCAGUUCUCUCAAUGCUGCAAGUAUAAACACCAGCUCCAAUGUUAUUGAGCAGCAAAUCCCUCUAGAAGAAAUUGGAGAGCCCAAACUGUAUCAGAUAGAUGAAGGAGUGCUGUUCAGUGCACCAGAUGUGCAUGUAGCAGCAGCAAGUUCAGAAGCAGCAGAAGUGGAGCCAAUGCCCAUACAGUUUCAAACACAGCAUAGCACCAAUUUGGAGGAGCAAGUUGCUUUAGGUUAUGUACAAGUGGAAGAAAAUCAUGUAUACAGUUCAGAGGAGCAAAUGGAAAUUGAAAAGGUUAUGGAGGAGACAAGGAGGAAGGAAAUUCAAAUGUUUAGAAAGAAUAAGAAAAAUAAAGAGAAGGUCACUUCUGUGAAGAGAAAAGCUGCAGUGAUGGAUAAUGAGGAGGACAGUGAUGAUGAUGAUUUGGAAGAAUAUGGUGAUAUCCUUGCUAGGCUUGAGGAGAUGAAAAGACAGAGGGAAGAUCCACUCCUUCAUUUUGAAGGGGACACAGAUGUUGAGGAAAUGUAUGAGACAGAGGAGGAGGAUGCACUAUAUGAGCCUGAAAGUGAAGAAGAGGAGGAAGAGGAUGAAGAGAGUACUCUGGAGGAAGAGAGUAAUCUGGAGCAGGAGCAAGAUGGACAGAAGAAGAAAAAGAAGAAGAAACACAGAAAAGGCCCAACAAGCAGAGGACAUGCAAGUGUAGAGGAGUUGUUAGAGGAGGACUGGAUACCAUCUUCUGAUGAAGACAAGAAACCAAUGGACUUGGGUGUGGAAGAUGAUGAUGGUGCAGAGGCAUUGGCAUAUGUUAUGCCCAAUGGCAGGAAAAGCAGAGCUAAAAAGAUGAAGGAAAGGUUAUGGUAUGAUGAGAAGAGAGCUCACCCAGCUGAGCAAUUUGUGAAGCAUCUUUGCUUCAUUGAUGUGUACCAGUUCAGGAAUGCACUUCAAACAAUGCACAUUGCACAGAACAGGAACUAUGAGUACCAUAGAAAUUGCAGUGACAGGGUUAUAGCACAAUGCAUAGAUGAGACAUGCCCUUUUUAUAUAGCAGCUUCUCAGAUUGCAAAUGAGAAGACUUUUACCAUAAGGAAGCAGUAUGUGGUGCACACUUGUCCUUCUGUGUCAGAGAACACAAAAGUUACUGCUAAGUGGGUUGCAAAGUUUUGUGAGGAAGCAAUCAGAAAUGACCCAUGCACAACAAUCACUACUAUAAUUAACACUACAAAGAGCAAGUAUGGAGUGGAAAUAUCAACCCACAUGGCAUACAGGGCUAAGAAGGCAGCAAAGAAUGUUGUGUUAGGAGAUCAGAAGGCCCAGUACACCAGGAUUAGGGAUUAUUUGCAGGCUGUGCUAGAUACUAAUCCAAGUUCAAGGUGUAUAGUGACAACAAGACAUUUGAGGGAGCAUCCAAGCACAAACCCUAGGUUUCAUGCAUUAUUCUAUUGCCUAAAUGGAUGCAAAGAAGGGUUUCUCAGUGGCUGCAGACCAUUCAUAGGUAAUUCCUUGGUAUCUAAUGUGUGUUUGAAUAAUGUGUGUUUUGAAAUAGUUUGCCUAAUGUGUUAACUUGUUAUAGGUCUGGAUGGAUGCUUCAUAAAGCUCACUACUGGUCAACAGAUCCUUGCUGCUACUGGAAGAGAUGGGAACAAUAAUAUAUUUCCCAUUGCAUUUGGAAUUGUUGAUAAGGAGGACACAGAUUCCUGGACUUGGUUUCUGUAUCAGCUGAAGGUAGCACUAGGUGGCCAAUCUGGGAAGUUUGGCAACUACACAAUAAUUUCUGAUAGGCAGAAGGUAAUGAAAUCCACUUGUGCUAGCUUUCAUUUAGUUCUUUCUAGUAGUUAGUUGCAUUUAGGUGUAGCUACUUUUUGUACACAAUCAGUUAGUUCUUUGUAGUAGUUA